CUCCCACUGACAGUUCAUUCCGGAUCGAACUGUCAAAUCGUUUGGGUCGCGUUGUUUCCGUCUUAGGUCGGAUUGUUUUUCAAAAAUUAAAGUUUUUCUAUUUUCCUCCGCAAAACAUGGAAACGAUCUUCGAAAUCCAACGGCGUCUGCACGAGGAAUGCGACCGGCUGGUGAUGGCCAUGUCUGAAGAGCUUCAGAUGCCAAAAAAGACGACCAAGGAAAAGGUGCUGGCUGAUCAUCGGAUAAAAAUUUACCUAGAACGGUACCAGAGUUGCAGCAAGUCGCUGCUGGAGCUGUACCAGGAUAAGGACGGGGAGCGGAAGCAGGAAAUCAGCAACAUGAGCAUCAACGAGUUCAAGGAAUUCUACAGCCAGUUCAACUCGCUGGUGGAGUUCCACCAGAAUCACGGGAACAAUGUUGCGAUUCCGUCGUCGAUUGAGUUUUCGAAACUGCGGGAGCAGCUCAACGACCCGGCCUACCUGGCCGAAGUUGUGAAAUUCAGUGACGUGGAGAAUUACGGCCAGUAUUUGGAUCUGCACGAAUGCUACGACAGCUACAUCAAUCUGAGGUGCUUGGACAAAAUUGACUACAUUACGUAUCUGUCCGAGUUCAAUAAAUUUGGGGAGGUUCCCAAGAAGCAGAAGAAUUUGAAGUACAAAAAAUAUUUGGAACUUUUACACGACUAUCUGUACGGGUUUAUUACCCGGAGUCGGCCGCUGUUUUUUGAGCUGGAGCAUACCAUCAAGCGGAACGAGCUGCAGUUCGAGGAUCUGUGGAAAAAUGGCGAUGUAGCUGGUUGGGAGCGGCCCAAGGAUCUGGAGGAAGAGGCCCUGAUCAAUCUGAACGAAUUUGCUAAGUGGGAGGAUUUGACCUAUUUGGGGUUGGAUCGUCUCAAAGCAGCUCUGCAGGCAAAGGGUAUGAAAUGUGGUGGAACACUGGAAGAGCGUGCCCAGCGCUUGUUCGCUAGCAAGGAGGAAAAGAAUCGUUCGAACCAGGACUGCCACCGUUUGAUGGCUUUCAACCAGAAGGACAAAGAGAUUGCCCUGCUGGAGUACCAUAUUGGCCGGUUGGCCGAGCUGGUCGACGAUCAGAUUUACGAGACCAAGAUCAACUUGCAGCGGAAGCAAGCUCGUUACACCCUGGAUGAGAGCGACGAGGACAGUAUGGACGAGGUGGAAUCGGAUGAUGAUGAUGGAAUUCCGUACAAUCCGAAGAAUCUUCCGCUCGGAUACGACGGAAAGCCCAUUCCGUACUGGUUGUACAAACUGCACCAAUUGCAUUUUUCGUACGAGUGUGAGAUUUGCGGCAACUAUAAGUACAAUGGGCCGAAAGCGUUCCAGAAUCACUUCAGCGAGUGGCGUCAUGCUCACGGGAUGCGUUGCCUGGGCAUUCCCAAUACGGCACAUUUCGCUAACAUUACCAAAAUCGAGGACGCUCUGCUGCUGUGGGAUAAGGUUAAGGAUUCCACCUUUUCCAAGAUGUGGAUUCCAUCGAACGAGGAAGAGUUCGAGGAUUCCCGCGGUAACAUUCUGAGCAAGAAGGUGUAUUUGGAUUUGCAGAAACAGGGACUGCUGUAGAAUGGAAAGUGCUUCCGGCGUCAUUAGGCUUUUUUUGUUCUUAGGAACGAUAGUGCUGGAGUGAAAAUAAAUAUUAAUCAGUACACCUCUA